UACCCCAUUAGCUGCGGCCGCGCGUCUCUGGUUCGCUCGUGCCGUUGCGCUGCGGCUCGCAAGCCUCUCUCUCCUCCACCCGCACACGCCGCCCCCGCGGGAGCGAAACCCUAGCUAGGGUUCUGCGCCGCCGCCUUCGAUCCAGACGCGGGCACCCUUCUCCGCGAGCCCGCCAUGGACGCCGGGCGCAAGCGGACCGCGCCGGAGGCGGGCGCCAACGGCGCGGGCGGCCCGAAGCGCGCGAGAGAAUCGGAGACAACUCAAAUGGGUGUAGGAAGCAAAUCCAAGCCGUGCACCAAAUUUUUCAGCACGGCUGGUUGUCCCUUUGGUGCAAGUUGCCAUUUUCUCCAUAACUUCCCGGGUGGCUACCAGGCGGUUUCAAAGAUGACCAACUUAGGUGGACCGCCUGUUCCGGCUCCACCAGGAAGAAUGCCUAUGGGACCUGGUGGCCCUGAUGGGCCACCUUCACCUGCUGUGAAGACUCGCAUGUGUAACAAGUACAACACUGCAGAAGGAUGUAAAUGGGGGAGCAAGUGCCACUUCGCUCAUGGAGAAAGGGAGCUUGGAAAGCCCCUGCAGAUGGACAACUCAAUGGGAGCUCCUCCUCCAAUGGGGCCAGGGCCCAACGGUCACUUCAUGCCACCACCAAUGCCUCACCUAGACAUGGUUCCUCCUUCCACCUUCGGUGCUUCAGCCACAGCCAAGAUCAGUGUCGAUGCAUCCCUUGCUGGCGCCAUCAUCGGGAAGGGUGGUGCCAACACAAAGCAUAUAUCCCGAGUGACUGGGGCCAAGUUAGCCAUCCGGGACAAUGAGGCUGAUCCCAACCAUAAAAACAUUGAGCUUGAGGGAACAUUUGACCAGAUCAAGCACGCUAGCGCAAUGGUCACAGAGUUGAUUGUCCGCAUCAGUGGUAAGGCGCCUGGCCCACAAGCCAAGAAUAACCCAGGAGGCAGGGGGCCUGGUUCUCAUGCUGGGGGUCCUGGAAGCAACUUCAAGACCAAGUUGUGUGAGAACUUCAACAAAGGCUCCUGCACCUUUGGGGACAGGUGCCACUUUGCCCAUGGCGAAAGUGAGCUGCGCAAACCUGCUGCUGCUUGAUAGGUAUGCUUAUUGUGCCCUGUGGUGAUUACUCUGCCUGUAUGGCUGAAUAACACCAGAACCAAGGACAGUCACCCAUGGUGAAAUGUAUUGAGCCUCAUGCUUCCUGAGAUAGAUCCGUUCCGUGGCUUGUAUUUGAUCAUCUUACUGCUGUAACUCUUUGAUAGAGAGAAGCAAUGGCCUGUCUUCUAGUUUUUGUAGGUUUGCCGUAUUGGUCUCCCUUUAUCUUCCCCCUGCUUCUGAAUCCUAUUUCUGUAUCGUUUCUUAGGCACUUUUGGCUGGCGGAUCAUUGUGAUUCUGUUAACUUGAAUAGUUGCUAUUGAUGUUAUCCGUUUGUGAAUUCUUAAUAGCUCUUUUGAAAUCCAGAUGUCGUUAACGA